GGCGGAGGACCCUUGAUACUGACCGAGGGGCGCGCUAACGCUGCGGCCCGCCUUGCAUGGGUCAAUUUCUUGGGUCCGGCUUUUCCAGCCGUCAAUUCUUGAUCCAACAACAGCGUACAUACAUCAAGACGCACGUAAGAUCGAUUUGAUACCGGUUGUUUCUGUUGCAGCGUCUUGCUUCGGCCGUCGCUUAUAUUUGUGCUCCAGCCCAACUCUCGUGCACCAUGGCUUCGUCAAAGAACAAGAACAACUGGAAGGACUAUAUCUGGCUCGCCUGGUUCUCGCUUCAAGUCCUGGUCAUCAUCUUCGUCGACGCGGUGCCCUUCUACCCCAAGCACCUCUACGAGCCGCCCGGCAGCCCCCUACACCUCCUCCAGCGCAUCCGCACCUUCUACGUGGCGACGUACAACGACCCGAUCGUGCAGUGGACGCCGGCGCUCGGGCGCGACAGCUGGAUCCCGCUGUUCACGCGCAUCGAGAUGCUCUUCCAGCUGCCCGCCGCCGCCUACGCCGUGCACCGCCUCGGCCGCCGCCGCCGCGCCGGCACCACGGGCGCCGACGAGCUGCUGUACCUCGUCUACGCGCUCGAGACGGCCCUCACCACGCUCGUGUGUCUGAACGACGUCUUGUGGUGGGACGACGUCGUGUAUCCCGCGGGGCUGAAGCGCGUUUUUAUCUUCCAGAUUUAUGGCCCGUGGUUCGCCAUUCGUAAGUAGACCCCUGAACCCUUGGGAAAUGGCUCUCUGACGAGAAUGGUCUUAGCUGCGCUCAUGUUUGUGGACAUGUACUUCAGGUUACUGAGACGGGUGAAUCCUGACGCGGCGGGUAAUGCGGUGAAGAAGACACAGUAGAGUCCAGUGUAUGCGGUAACGCAAGGGGGUUAAUAAUUGCCCAACAACUCCGGUUUGGGGAUGGUGUUUUUACAAGCUGUAUUGAUAACUCCGCUGCCCAAGAAGCCCCCAAAAUGUCAUGCCAUCCAUG